UUCAUCGUCGCUUUUAAAUAAAAGCAGCAGAAGAAGAGUUUCGGUUCUCCCGUCGUAACGAAAGGAAGACAAAGCCAUAAUCGGACUGAAACGGUUCCUGGACAGAUAAAACUUUCUCUUAUUAACUCACCUGUUCAGUUUGGAGCGCAGACAUGAACCAAGCUGCUCCGAGCCAGCGACCCGUCAUCCCACAGGUCCGGUACCACCCAUCCAUUCAGAUGGCAGGAAGUGGAACCACAGCCGGUGCUACUCGCCGUCCUCAGACCAGAACUCAACCUAAAAUAGUCCAGAAGAACCAGAACUCCAACAGAACCAUUCCAGCUGGGGCGCACGGACCACCUGACAACGAUCCAGGUCCAACUGCAGAGCAAGCAUCAAGCAAACAGGGUCAGAGGUUCAGACCAGGUGCUGCUCGCCACCUUCAGACCAGAACUGAGCCCAGAGUGGUCCAGAAGAACCAGGACUCCAGCAGGACCUGUCCAUGUCUUAACGGAGGACAAGUACCCAAGAGGGAUCUGGGUUCUCCUGAAGACAAAGCUCCUCCCACACCAGACCAGGUCCCGCUGGAACCAAGGGCCGAACUGGACCGGAACCUGCUGCAACAGGUGGAGGUUCUGACUCGCGGACAGAGCACCAACCAGGCCUGGUUCAACUGGAGGAAGAACCGGAUCACGGCCUCUGUGGCCCAUCGCAUCGCUCACUCCAGGUUCGUCAAUGGCAAGAGCAAAGCUCCGCCCCUUUCGUACCUGGCUGCCAUCACAGGCGAGGGGCCCAAAGUCCAGACCAGAGCCAUGACCUGGGGCAUCGAGAAGGAAGCCGAGGUCGUCCGCAGGUACCAGACUCUGAAGUCGGCGGCGCUGGGCCGACCCGUCCAGGUUCUGGAGUGCGGCCUGUUCAUCGACGGCCAGCGGCCCUGGCUGGCGGCCAGCCCUGACGGCAUCGUGGUGGACAAGCGGAGCGGCCGCAGGCUGCUCUGUCUGGAGGUCAAAUGUCCCUACAAACACCGGCACCAGAGCGUGGAGGACGCCUGCAGGGACGACCCGGCCUUCUGCCUGCAGCUGCUGGACGGGGACACACCUGGACAGGCUCCAGUUUACGCCCUGAAGAAGUCCCACAGCUACUUCACGCAGAUCCAGGUCCAGCUGGCCGUCACAGGCCUGAGCCGGGCCGACCUGGUCGUCUUCACUCUGGUGGAGACGGCCAUUGUCCCCGUGACCUUUGAUCCCGACCUGUGGGAAGAGACUGUGUCCAAGCUGGAGGUCUUCUACAAGGAGGCUGUCCUCCCACACCUCAGACAAAAAAUGCAGCAGAAUGCAGACGCAGGGCCAGAACUGUAGAAAUAGGACGGUCCAAACAAAGGUGGUUCUCUGAGGAGGAUGUGUUCUGGUUCUGAGGGUGGUAGAGAACGCCCGACAUUUUUUUUAAGUUACUGAUUCUGUUCAGAUUAAACAGGUCGGACUUCUUAAGAAGUCGAUCUUUUAAGUCCCUGAUGAGCUUCUGGAUCGAAACCAAUCCAAACGCUCCCAACUGGAUCAGUUCACACUUCCUCAUAUCGGACCUUCUUCUGUAGGGAGUUUAUGGUUCAGAUAAUAAAUUAAUUUUAUAUGAAA